AUGGCUGCAUUACCAGUUUUCAUACCGGCCCAAUCGUUUCCGUCGAUCCUCUCACAUGAAGCCUUGAUCAAUCACUUUCAGACCAAUCUUCCCACACAUUCGUCAACAAUCACAAGCCCUCUCCGCCAAAACUACACCGUUUCACCACCUUCCUCUCUCCUCCUCAUGCCUUCUUGGUCAUCUUCUCCUUCUCUCCCUUACAUGGGUGUCAAGCUCGUCACCUAUUUCCCUAAUAACUCCUCCCAGAACUUACCGGGCAUCCAUGGAUCCUACACACUCUUCAGCUCCACCACAGGCCAAACCCUAUCCUCCAUGGACGGUACCGUUUUAACCCUUUACCGUACUUCCUCUGUUUCAGGCCUAGGCUCCAAAAUCCUAGCCAGGGAUGAUAGCCAGGUGCUGAUCAUGGUUGGCUCCGGUGCUCUCGCGCCACACCUGAUCAAAUCCCAUCUAGCUGCGAAGCCAAGCUUGAGAAGAGUGAUCAUAUGGAACAGAACUCCUCAAAAGGCUCAAUCUUUAGCUGAAACUCUCUCAAAGGACUCUCAACACAGCGAGGUCUCGUUCGAGAGCCACGGUUCGUUAGAUGAGAUCAUUCCUCUGGGAGAUAUCAUAAGCUGUGCAACUAACUCAACUAUUCCACUGGUCAAAGGUGAGUUCUUGAAACCUGGAACCCAUCUUGACCUUGUUGGAUCGUUUAGCCACGAAAUGAAGGAAUGUGACGACGAAGCGAUACAGAGAGGGAGUGUGUUUGUGGAUAACGACGCAGCGAUGGAAGAAGCGGGAGAGCUCGUGGGAGCGUUCGAGAGAGGAGUGAUAAAGAGAGAAGAUGUUUGUGGGAAUCUGGUUGAGUUGAUCAAUGGAGACAGAGAAGGAAGAAGGAGCUCAACGGAAAUAACCGUCUUUAAGUCUGUUGGUUCGGGUACUGUGGAUCUCUUAACUGCACAACUAGUUCAUGAGACUUAUCUGAGCCGCUCUUAA